AUGUUAACAUUCAUUGCAGUAGCUCAUGCUGGUUCUUGGAACUCAGGUCUCGGCUACGCCGCACCAGCUGUAGUUGCUCAUGGAUCUCACGAUGCUAUCUCCACCUACUCCACUGUUCAACACCAUGCCCCAGCCGUACACUCCUAUGCUGCACACGCUCCCCUUGUCCAUGCUCCAGUUGCCCAUUCUUACGCAGCUCCUUUGGUUCACGCUCCAGUCGCUCACGCUUACGCUGCUCCCGUUGCUCACGUUGCUGAACCCUCUGCUCCAGCUCAUUACGAUUUCGCAUAUGGAGUAAGCGACCCUCACACCGGAGAUGCUAAGAGCCAACACGAAUCUCGUCGUGGAGAUGUUGUUCACGGAAGCUACUCACUCUUGGAAUCCGAUGGAACCAAACGUACCGUCGACUACACUGCUGAUCCACACAAUGGAUUUAACGCUGUUGUACACAAAGAACCUGCCGUGCACGCUGUUGCUCCUGUUGUAGCUAAAGUUGUAGCUCCAGUUGUUGCCAAAAUCGCAGCUCCAGUAGCUUACGCUUCUCCAGUAGCUCAUGCCGCUUAUGCAGCUCCAAUUGCCCAUGCCGCUUAUGCUACUCCAAUUGUCCAUAACACCGCUUAUGCUGCACCAGCUGUUCAUGGAUACGCUGGUUCAGUUGCUCAUGGUUACGCUGCUCCUUUAGCCUAUGGUCAUCACGGUUACGCUGCUAAUGCUCCAGUUCUCUCACACAACUUAUGGUAA